AUCGAGAACCCGAACCCAAGAGCCAACUAAGGGCUGAAAGCCCAAAAAACACAAAUGGCCCAUCUUAAAUCACCAUAAGCCUACUAUAUAAACCAAAACAUAUCGGCCAUCCCAAACCCUAAUUUGAAGCGGCAGCAACAAGAGCCCGAGCCUGAGAGUGAGAGCAGCAGCUGCAAUUCAUCUCAAUCAAAUUCAGCAAGGAUGAAGUUUAACAUCGCCAAUCCCACCACUGGAUGCCAGAAGAAGCUCGAGAUCGAUGAUGACCUCAAACUCCGAGCUUUUUAUGAUAAGAGGAUUUCUCAGGAGGUUAACGGGGAUGCUCUUGGGGAGGAGUUCAAGGGUUAUGUCUUCAAGAUUAUGGGAGGCUGUGACAAGCAAGGUUUUCCAAUGAAGCAGGGAGUGUUGACUCCUGGCCGUGUUCGCCUUUUGCUUGUUCGAGGAACACCAUGCUUCAGAGGUUAUGGUAGGCGUAAUGGUGAGCGCCGAAGGAAGUCUGUAAGAGGGUGCAUUGUCAGCCCUGACCUUUCUGUUCUUAACCUGGUGAUUGUGAAGAAGGGUGAGAAUGAUCUUCCUGGCCUGACUGAUGUUGAGAAACCAAGGAUGAGAGGUCCCAAGAGAGCUUCCAAGAUCAGGAAGCUCUUUAACCUGACAAAGGAUGAUGAUGUCAGGAAGUAUGUGAACACCUAUCGUCGUACAUUUACAAGCAAGAAUGGGAAGAAGAUCAGUAAAGCUCCCAAAAUUCAGAGGCUAGUGACUCCAUUGACUCUGCAAAGGAAGAGAGCUAGAAUUGCUAAGAAGAAGCAAAGAAUUGCCAAAGCCAAGUCAGAAGCAGCUGACUACCAAAAGCUUCUUGCCAGUAGGUUGAAGGAACAGCGUGAGAAGCGCAGUGAAAGUUUGGCAAAGAAAAGGUCAAGACUUUCUGCAGCCUCCAAGCCAUCUAUUGCUGCCUAAAUUGAACACUGCCUGAGUUUUGAUGGUGUUCUUUUUAAGUUUGAAUUUCUAAAGUGAGGUAUUUUUGUCUGUCAAACAUCUACUGUGUUAUGGAACUUCGUUAGACUUGUUAUUUGUACUUGUCAUCUAUUUGAAAAAGAUUUCAGAUUUUGGUUAUA